AUGGUGGUCGAGCGCGAUGAACGCAUUGCUCUGCUGGAGCGUGUUCUACGUGAUGCUGGGGUGGGAGAUAAGGUGGCUGAGGCGAGUCAAGCUGCUGCUGCUGCUGCUGCUGCUACAACUACUACUACUGCUGCUGCUGCUGGUGGUGCUGGUCUACUGACUCUGCAUCCGCUUCGAGUGGCGGCAACGGCGGCUUCGCCAAAGCGGACAAGGGUGCUCUCGCUUAGCUCGGCGUCGGCGGCAGCGGCAACUACGGCAUUUGCUGCGGCGGCCGAUGAGGAUCUGGACGAUGCCACGCGGGUGGCUGGCUGGCUCGACGAUCACGGAUGGGCCGAGUUGGGCGAGAAGCUGGCGGGCAUGACAUGGAACGAGCUGCUGCGAGCCGACGACGAGACGCUCCGCGGGCGCGGGAUCGAUGACAACGAGCUGGUCGAGUCCAUGGUCGCUGCCAUCGGAGUUCUCAACCGGCAUGGGGUCGACUUUGACGGCGUCACUGUCGCUCACGCCGGCUACCUCAAGAUUGGAUCAGCAUCGGGCGGGUGGGCCGAGCGAUACUGUGUGGUGGCCGGCGGCGUCUUCCACGUCCUCCACGUCAAGGGCGGGUCGACCAAGGCCUCGCACGUGGUCAUCUCGCGGACAGUGGGGCGGCGCGGAUAUCCGUUCCAUGCCCCGCGGCCGUUCACCUUUUACCUUGCCAAGCCUAUGACGGACACCAUCUGGCUGCAAGCCGCGUCCGAGGCGCAGCUGGAGCGGUGGACCGAGGUGCUUGUGGAGAGCGGAUGCGAGGUCGAUCCGGACGAGCCAAAGAACGACGUGCCGAGUCAACUCGGCGAUCCGGUGCUCGCAGGCUACCUCGAGCGGCGGAUGAGCAAAAAGUCGUGGGAGCCGCAGUACUGCGUCCUCCAUGACUGCGUGGUCUACAUCUACUGCUCCGAGUUUGGCCACUUGCUGGAGUCGUUUGUGGCGCUCGGCUGGUCGGUCGGGGUUGGGGCCAAGGCCAAGCGCGACCACACGUUCUUCAUCGCGCACAAGAACCAGCCGACGUACUGGCUGCAGGCGCCAAGCGCCGCCGAGCGCGACGCCUGGGUCACCGCCCUCCUGGACACGGCCUCGUGCACAGAGGCAACCAAACCGCCGGUCGCGGUCCGCGCCAAGGCGACCAAGCUCAAGGCCAGCGGCAAGAAGAAGCGCAAAUUCUCGCUCUUUUCCAAGCGCAAGGCCCGCCGCGCCAAGGCGGUGCGCUCGGACACCGGCGCUGCCCUCGUCCCAAUCUCGGAGCGGCCAUCGUACGACUGGCCCAGCCUCGAGGCGCUCGUUGGGCCGACGCUCGAGGCACUGACGCUGACGGUGAACCACGCAAAGGCCACCUCGGCGCUCCUCGCCACCCAUGAUGAGGAUUCAGACGAGCAUCGUGAGACCAAGGCGGCGCUCGACUCGGCCGAGCUCCUCACCAAUCAGCUCACCGACCAGAUGCGGUGGCUCGAGCGCGAACUCGGCCGCGAGCCGGCGGUUCUGCCCUCGCUCAAGCUCCUUUGGGUCACCGCCCUCUACGACUACGACGCCGUCGACAGCGAGGAGCUCUCGUUCAAGGCCGGCGACCGCAUGUCGGUUGUUGACCUCGAGGCCGAUCCCGAAUGGUACUCGGUCAAGCUCGGCGACUCGACCGGCCUCGUUCCCAUCACCUAUGUCGAGCUCGUCGAGGACACGUCGAUCAGCCAUGCACCCGACGUCGCUGCCGAGCCCGAGGUUGUCGCCGCCGCCGCCGCCGCCCUUGCCGCUCUUGACCUGCUCUCCUCGGAUAGUGACGACGACGAGGGUGGCAGCGGAGGAGUCGACGAGGCUCAGACCGAGGAACACGGCCAAGUCGAUGCCCAGCCUGUCAGUGACGGCAACAACCAGGCCGAUGCCGAUGCCGCGGAAGAGGCCGAGGGAGAGGAAGAGAGAGAGGCCGAGGCAGACGAGGGGGCCGAGGGGGCCGAGGCGGGGCUGGAGACCGUCGCUGAGACUGUCGCUGAGAACGGCAAUGAGGCCGACGACGGUGGCGACGACGGCGACGACGGUGAAUAUAACAGCGAAGACGGCGACGAGGUGUACCCAGCCGUGGCUCUCUACCCGUUCUCGACAAGGAUUCGGACCCGGACUGGUACUACGCCAUGA